AUGUCUAAUGUGCAUACAUUGAAUGAUAUCGAGGAGGAGUUAGGUAAGCAAGAUCUAAAGUUACCUGAUUGGAUUGAUGAAAGUUUAAAGAGCUUUGUCUAUACGCUUGGGCUCGAAAAUAAAGUAAAGGAAAUCGAAAAAAAAAUUGCUAAGGAAGAUUUACUAGAAGUGUUGCAAAAGGCAUUGUCAGAAAGAAAUUCUCUCAUUCAAGAAGCAAAACUAAAGGAACCAAAUAAUGCUUGUUUAGCUGAGCAGAUCCAAAAAACAUCUAGCGAGUAUGAAGUACAUGGAGGGACGAGAUCAUGCCUAAGCGCUUCUGACCAAAAUGAACCUUCAAGUGUUAGUAAACUAGAGAAAGAUAACGAUAUCACUAAUCUUUCAAUAUUACCCAUUACUGCUGGCCACAAAGUGACCCAAGCUCUG